AUGAACGCUGCGGUUCUUCGUGCCCCGACAGACGUGGUUCUCGUCGACACUGGAACAGCAGACGACACGUUCCGGGUCGACGAUAACGUGGACGCUGAGAAAGUCUCGCCCAGAGUUCAGCGUUUGUCAGACCUAGACGACGCGGAACAACCCCGGAAACAAGACGUUCAUCGUGAAUUGGAUCCAGUGCCCACAGGUCCGCCAGUUCCUUUAGGCGAAAUACCGAAUAUCAACUACAUGAUCACGAACAAGUUCUCGGGGAAAGAUGCCACUCUGAAAACAAUCCACUCUUUGCUUUUUUGGAGACCCGGUACGCAUCUCAAAGUAAAGCAGAGCCUCCGGCAAUGGGCUGGAGUCCCCGCUGACGAGCCACCGUCGGUGGCGGAUGCACGCAGACAACGAAUGCGUCAGCGACUCAUGCGCCUGCGGAUGGACGAAUUGAAACCAAUAUGCAACGUGCUCGACCUGCCUCUAACGGGGGCAAAAGAAGAUCUAACGCAGCGUAUCAUGCGCUUCCUAGAGCAUCCGUUUAUCUGGCCUGGACGGCGCGAUCUCGCUGCAGCAGCGCAGCGUAGACGCAAACGCCGUGCGACUCCAUCGAAAGGAUCCACCGCGUCGAAACGACGACAGCGCCCGCAUCCGUGCCCGAGACAGUCCAAGGACUCCCAUUCCAUGCAUGCAGCUGCGAAUACGCUCUCUGACGAAUCGUCGGCAGCUUCCGAGGCUUCGCUGGAUGACUCCGACUCCGUACCGUCGGAUGCGUCAUCCGAUGCGGACUUUGUCUCUCAUGCGCCUCGAGUGAAGCGGACACCAUCGGCUUCCUCAACGGUCCGCGCAGUGGCAGCACCGAAAGCAGCUCGUUCGCCUAGUGGCGAGCGAGCGCAAGAGAAAUCAUCAACUCGGACGCUGCGGGCUCAGGUGACGGAAGCACUGGAGACGAUCCUGCAAGACGCCAAAGACCGACUUCAUUCCUUGACCAUGAACCAGCUGCGGGCACAAGUUUCGCAACGAAUUGGGACACCGGUCACCGACGAUGAAAUGGUUGCUUUUCGGCAGUUUGUUCGCUCGAAGCUCGUUUCACAAAUGCAAGCUGCGAACGCCUCAAAGUAG